UAUGGUAAUCGUGAGAUCACGGCAGCUCAGCUCAGAGUUGGUGAUACUGUUGAACGACAUUUGGAUGAUAACGAUAUUGUUCUUUUCAAUAGACAGCCAUCGUUACACAAAAUCUCAAUCAUGUCACAUCGGGCUAAAAUAGUCCCCGGGCGAACUCUGAGGUAUGGUAAUCGUGAGAUCACGGCAGCCCAGCUCAGAGUUGGUGAUACUGUUGAACGACAUUUGGAUGAUAACGAUAUUGUUCUUUUCAAUAGACAGCCAUCGUUACACAAAAUCUCAAUCAUAGUCAGAAGUUAA